GUAGUAACCAAAAAAAGUGUUAAACUAAUAUAUGAUGAUGGCUUGUGCACACUCUUGGCAUUCUCACAGCAAAAUGUCAAUUGCACUCCACAAAGAAUAACAUGAAUAAUCUGUAUUUUCUAAAGUAAACAACUGAAGUUUGAGUAUGUAUAAUGUCGAUAUGGAGAGUUGUUGAUUUAUUGGUGUGAUCCAAUUCCACCAAACAUUGUAAUAGGCUAUGCUAUGAUUAAUUGCUCAGGACACAUUGUAAUGUUCCAAAUCCAAAAUUUAAAUAAUUCCUGGCCUUUAGAAUUAGCACUUUCCAUGUCAACAAGUUAAUAUACAAAUUAAUAUUAUAUACGUCACAGAACAUUGAGAUAGAACUCUGUUCUGUGGAACAGAUUUGUUUGUGACCUUGACUAAAUAAUGAUAUCAGCUCUAUUCAUUCCCAUAGCUGUGGGAUGCAGGGGUGCUGAGGGUUCCCCUGAGAUGGAUCUUUUUUUGUGCACUGGGACUUUAUUGCUCCUGUGUGAGCGGACAAAAAUAGUUUCAGUACCCCCACCAUCUUUCCGAAUGUUUCACCUCGUUGACUGACCACUGUACGUGUUCUCUUCCCUUGUUGGUGGCGUGUAGUUCGUCAAACGAACACGCAAGAGAACACAUGCAAAACUGCUUACAUGAAAGUGGUGGUAGGACCUCAUCGUUUUUUACAGCGAGGGUCUGUUUUUAUUUUUACGAGUUUUCAGGGUCCACAAGUGUUAAGAAACCGCUUUAUGGGCUUUUCACACAAAUUUCCCUUCGCCAUAAUGUUUCCAUGAGUAUAACAACUUUGACAUUAACAAGAUGGCUACUAUUAACUUAAGAGUUGUUGUCAAGGCAACUGGUUCAUUGACCUAUAGAAUGCCUCCGUGCAUGGAAGACUGAGGAGGUAUUGUCUUCACAUUGCACAUGGUCCAUUUCAUGAUCCAUACAUUCUAUACUCCAUAUUAUUCAAAUGUGGCAUAGCCCUUUUCCCACCUUCCAUGUAGCAUGACGUUUGCUUAUAAAUGGUUGAUGAAGCAUCUACGAAAGCCCUAUGAAGGGUCAUUGAAGGCUUCAUAAAAGCUUUUCAAGUUGAUUCCAACAGAACCAGCUCAGUGCCACCGGUCCCGGUUGGCAUGUUUCCAGGUGUCAGUCAGACCUCAGUUGGUAGUGUGCUCUUAAAGGUCUCUGCUUGGACAACAGUCGCUCUCUUCAGUUGUGUUUCCAGGAAAGAUGGUGUAACGGUCAGUAUUAUUCAGCAUUCUUGGGACAUCCCUUACCUUAACCAUUAUAAAUUUCAACUUCAAUGGGGUAGGGACGUCCAAACGUUUCUGGAUCGCACGGACCAUAGUUUAACUGUAGGACCCUUUUUUGGUUAUUUUAAAUCUGUGUAAUUCUGUCCUUGAGCUGUUCCUGUCUAUUAAUGUUCUGUAUUAUGUCAUGAUUUAUGUGCACCACCAGGAAGAGUAGCUGCUGCUAUAGCAACAGCUGAUGGGGAUUCUAAUUAAAUACCAGAGGAAUGUGUUAUGAGAUAUAUGACUAGCUAUUGACCAGGCCUGUCUCUAUGAACCUGCUGGAGACACUGCACAUAUAGUGGUAGAAGGUAGGCUGUAUCUAUGGCUGAGUGAGGGAUCUUUACAUUCUAUUAUACUGCACUAGAUGUUCUGUGAGAAACAACACAGUCAGAGACAAGUUGACUGUUUUUAGGGUUUUACUGAGUGAAUCAUGCUGCCUGAAUCCGCUCCAAGAGCCAUAAUAAUGGCUGUUCUAUCCAGAGACGAUGAUUGUUGUCUUGAUUGAUAUUUAUAGCCAUCUUAAACCCAAAUUACUAAUCGGUGUAAAACAAAUAAGGUACAUCAAAAUGGUAUCCUGUUAAUCGGGUAUUUAUCUACCCAGGGGUCUUGCUGUUCAGUUGGGGUAAUUACAGGCCCCCUAUUGGUCCAUCAGCUGGCUGUACAGGAGCCAAUACUGGAGCUUGUAACAGCAUGCUCCAGCCAUACGACAUGCCUUUUUGUUUUUUAAUGAUCAAGAAGCUCCUUAAAAAUGUUGCCCUGCGCUCCUCUCCCAUACAAGGGAGCAGAAAGGUAGGGUGCGCACACAGCUCGGUGAGCUAUACCCCCGCCCCCCCCCCCCAAACCAAUCAACUCAGAGAGCCACUGGCUCCUUCAGGAUCUCCGAAACAACAGGUAAGUCAUGGAUUAUAAUGCAUUUCGUGUGUUACAGUGGUGUGCUUAUACAUAAUCAGAAUGUAUUACAUUUGUAAAGCGCUUUUCAUUGUACAAGAAUAAGCUGAAAAUGCAUAAAUGUGUAAUGUUUGCUAGAUGUACAUAAAUUUGUAAUGUUUGCUAGAUGUCACUAAUGUGACUUUUUAUAUACAGUUCAUGUAUAUUGUCUAUAUAACCAUGGCUAGAGCUGAGUUUAUUUAGUACCGAGCUCUUUGUAUGGUAGGAAAGCUAGUGUCAGUCAGUUACUACAUGCAAGAGUUUAUUUCAGAAUCUACAAUGAUUCAGUUGUUGGUUUGGGAGCAAACCUGGCAAUGCAUUUUCAUUAUAACACAUAGGAGUUCUAUUCUGUUAAGUCAAUCCCUCCAUCAGUGGUAAAGCCAAUAGAAGAAUACAUCAUUCCAGUGAAUUACAUUUUAAUGCCUUUUCAAGACUUUGCCUCAGGAAAAAACUAUAGUCUAGUCCGACCAAGAUAAGCAGGCUACAUGAUAUUGUUUUGCAGAAAGUAAACAUAUUUUUUGUUGAAGUUACUAGCCUUUGGUGCUUUAGUGCAUUGCUCCAAGGUCAGCUGUUCUCAACCUUUGAUAGAAUAAACAAAUUAGACUGAUUGGCCAUUUACAGGACAAUGACUUGGGCCUGUAUAAACAAUUGUUUACUGCAAAGGUUAUGAAUUUACAUGACCAUACACAAGCAGACAUUUUGUGAGCUAGAGGAGCCGAUCACUAUUGGAAACGUAUAAAUUAUUUUAGACUACAUAUUUAGAAAUGUUAACAAAUCUUCAUUUAUUAUUGGUAUGUACACUACUUAGACAUAGUUAAUGCUUAUACAUAAACGUGUAUAAAGUCUAGCCCAUUGUAGCAUGUUCAGGAAUAAAUCUCACUCCCUCUUAACUGUUCCUCUCCAAAAAUACUCAAUAUUCCCAAUUUCACCCUCCGGAGACAGACAAAGCUGAAAAUGGCACGGACAGGAAGACCGUUUUCCCUGAUCUACACUGGAAUCCUCCUAGUGUUAUCACCAGAGUUUCUGGGGGCCGGCCCGGUGAGGCAGAAUGUGGAGGAGGAGGAGGCAUCUUCAGUAUCCAGGGAUGUCCGCAGCAAGAGGAGUCUUCCUGUUCACAUGCCCGUCCUCCAGCGGCUCCCUGACUUCUGGGGAUGGUACAGAUUCUUCAUGGAUACUGGCAACCAGGAAGGAAUCGAGGAUCUGGACAAGAUGUACAUGAUCUACCUGCAGAACAAGCACCGCUCCGAGGAGGGUCCCACCUUCAACCACUACCUCACCCACCUCAGUGCUAUCUACAAGACCUGCGCCGAAUCCGACGACCCAGAGUGCAUCGCCGAGUCCACCAGCAAGCCCAAGGCCAAGGUGUUGAUGCCCUCGCCCAUCAAGACCGCCACCGUCGGAAUGUGCAACCCUUAUAUCGACCCCUACUGCCUCUUCCCCAUGGCCCCUAAGAUGGCUGCCCCAAAGCCUGUCCCGACUCCGGUCAAAGCCGCCCCAGUGCCUGUCCUGACCCCCUUCCUGCCGUACCCUCAGAAAACCCCCACAGGGUUCUACGCCCCAGUCCUGGAGCCCUUCCUCACCGCUGAGCAGAAUACAGAGCUGCAGCGUAUCUGUAACCCUGACGACACCGAGUGUCUGCAGUACCACCUGCGCGCCGCCUACGGCUACAGGCCCGCUACUGGACCCGCCCCGUCCUAUGCUGCUCUGGGCUGCAAUCCCACCAAGGACCCCUACUGCCGGCCUCAGCUGGUGAAGAAGGACCCCUCCGGCUUCUUCCACCUGUACCCCACCUGCGACCCGGCCACCGACCCCCUGUGCAUGGCUAGCGUAGCGACCCCUCCUCCCACUCCCCUGGAGACCCCCAAGGAGCAGCACUGCAACCCCCUCUUCGACAAGGGCUGCAACCCCCUCACCGCUACCAAGCUGGCGGGCCUCACCAAGCCCGUCCUGGAGUACACGCCAAAAGACGUACCGGCACCAGCCCCCGCCCCUUUGGCGUGUGACCCGCGCUACGACCCAUACUGCCUGCUUGGUGCCGCCGCCGCCCUCUAUAAGGCCCCCCCAGCGCUGCCUCAGUUCCAGAUCCGCUCCCGCCUGGGCGUCCUCGGGAAGACCAAGGAGGGCCAUGACUGCUACGUGCACUACGACAAGGACUGCACUCCUGUGAAGGCCAGCGACGAACCCAAGGCCCCCGCUGUACCCCAGUGCCACCCCUACGACUUCACCUGCAACGGCAUGUCCGCCCCCGCUACCCUCACCGCCGAGGCCAACAAGCCCAAGAGCGGUGUGAUCUUGCCCGAUCCCGACUGCGACCCUGAAUACGACUACAACUGCCGCCUUCGUCGCGCCGAGGACUCCCCCGCUGCGAUGGAAUCAGCGACCAAGGAUCACAAGAAGGAGCAGGUGCAGCAGAAGGCAAGGCCCAGGUACGCUGUCCCACAGUUCGAAGACUUCCUGAGGAGUUACAUGGGUCAGUACAGGAAGAAGUACAUUUAAAAAAACACACGUCACACAAAUGUCAACUAGACGCUAGAACGCUAGAACUGGAAGAAAGUGAGACAAGUUCAUGUUUUACACUCUCUCACGGUCCUCCCAAGGUACUAAAAUAUCUCCCAUGGUCCAAUACUGCUAAAGCAGGAUGACUAGUGUCUUAUCAACAGGAAGUUCCAGACCUGCAAUAGUUAAUCUGAUUUGCUCAAUUACAGUGCCUGAAGGUAUAUCAUUUUACUGACUGUGAUAUCCUGGCUAUCCUGAAACCCAACAUGAGUCCCUCUAGGUUUUAUGCUCCCAUAGAAGUCUAUGUGAAAGUUGCGCAUUUAAUACUACGUUUGUCGGUAGGAAAAAAAUCUGUAUUGUGUUUGUAGAAUAGGGGGAAGCUAGCAGACUUGAAUAUGGUCUAAUCUAAAUAUGUGUCAGUAUGUUGGUAUGUUUUCUGUGGUUGUACAUUGUCCAUUUCCAGUGUUUUGUGAACAUUGUCUCUCCUGAGUGUAAUUUAAUGUUGUUUUCAUAGUAUAUCUAAAACCUGUCAACCUCAAACCCUUCCGCUCGUUAGUUUGUUAAUUUUAUUUCCAAAUAAAACAUUUUGAAACAA